AUGGGCACGACCCACCUCGUCCUGCACCGGCCGUUCGCCCCUGCGCCGCCUUGCUGCCUCGCCCCGCACCGGCUGCUCGUGCCGUCUGCCUCCGCCACGGCCACACCCCGGCCGCCCGUCCACCCUUGCGCUGCCUUGCCGCACCGCCCGCCCUCGCCCCGGCUCGGUCGCCCACCCACCACCCGCCCCCGCCCCUGUGCCGCGUCACCGCCCCGCCCCGCCCCGGCCGCCGGCCCCGCCCCAUCACCCGGUCGCGCCGCCCCCGCCCCGCCCCAGUCGCCCGCCGGCCCCGCCCCGCCGCCCGGUCGCGCCGCCACUACCCCGCCGCUCGGCCUCACCGCCCAGCGGCCCGGCACGGCCCGUCAUGCUGCAACCGUGUCGGGCUGUGCUUCACGGGCCGUGCCAUGGGCCGAGGGCGCGGCACGCGGGUCGCAUAGCACGGCUCGUUACAGUAUCUGGGCCUAUCGGGCCGUGCUGUAG